AUGUUCGUCAGCUUACAAGAACACCAUCAGCACGGCAUGGACCGCCUACCGCCGCCCAUGGGCUACAGCCAGGCCCGCAACGACGAGGUGCCGAGAGUGCUUCCCAGCCUCUCGUCAUUCACCUUCGACGACAGGAUGGACGUGGACAGCCGCAGCAACAGCAUCAGCAGCAGCAUCAACAACAACGACCGGAAGCCCGGCAAGCGUCACGAUGUGGAAGUGGCAACAACACUGGCCUCCAUGGCCUCCUUCAACAUCAAGUCGCCGACACUCCCCUCGCCUACCCAGAGCUUCACCUCGAUCAGGUCAGACGGUAGGCUACAUCUAACCAAGACCGUAUUGGAUGAAGAGCGACGUGAAGCUUACGACAGCGCCCCAGGCAUGACGAGAUCAACCAACUCCCAAUACUCCUCGCCUGAACCCAGGUCACCAGACCUCUCUUCCGUCAACACACAGCUGUCCUUUUCCAAGGACGGCAGCGGCGGCAGCACGGCAUCCAUCAUUACGCUCCCGCGCCUGCGUGAGCUGGACCUCCGGCCCCUCGAGCCCGAGUUCAUCCCCAGCCCGAGUUUCCUUCCGCCGUCCUCCACCUCCUCCAUCUCAGGGGCGGCGGGACCGCGGCGGAGCAGCCUGGAAUCCAUCGGCACCUCGUCCUUCACGGAGCCCAGGCUCGAACUCGCCUCCCCGCCGGCCUACCGAAUCCCAAUGCCCCCGAUGGCGUACCCGGACGUCCCCUCCCCGACUCCUGGCGUCUCCCACCACCACCACCACCACCACCACUCCUCUCGUCCUCACCACCCCCACUCUCUCACAUCCCCUCGCCGCCUCCAGCACAGGCUGCCAGUGACUGCCCUCCGAACUCCCAACGGCGCUUGCAGCCCCUCCCGUCGGCCCCGCCGCUCGCCCACGGGGUCCCGGUGCAACGUGAAGUACACGAUCCAGCAGGUCGACUUCAUCGAUUACUUCCGCGUCGACCACCACCUCUCCUGGAAGGAGGUCGAGGCCAAGUACGCCGCCGUGUUCCCCGAGGACGCCGCAAAGGGCCACAAGCGCGGCCCGCAAGGCCUGCAAGGCGUCUACUACCGCAAGAACAAGCAGAUCCCCGUCACGGACCCCAGCAACCUGCUCGUUUUCGACGAGGACGACAACCCCAAGACGUUCCAGUGCGACGUCCGCGAGCAGGGCAAGAAGAUGAACAACUCGAUCGGCCUGCUGGGCAUGCACCCCGAGCGCGCAAUCACCUACCCGUGGGUCUCGGAAGAGCACAAGAGGCAGUACGAAAAGCUUGGUCGCGCAAGGCAAGCCCAGCUCGACGCCGCUGAGGCGCGGAAGAAGAGGAGGCGGGCCAUCCAGAACAGCCGUCUCUGA